UCGGAGGUAUUUUCCCGUCGCACAGUAACUUCCGGUGAAGGUGAAAGUCUCAGUCUUAGUCUUAGUCAGUCUUAGUCAGUUUUAGUCAGUCUCAGUCGGUCUCAGUCGGUCUCAGUCGGUCUCGGUCGCAGCUCGAGUGGCGGGAGAAUCUUCACGGAGACUCUGCCGAGUCAAAUCAAAGCCGGACCGGAACCGAGCCGUGUUUGUUCACGCAGCUCGCUCCCGUUAGCACCGCGGCUAACCGGCUAGCCGACCCGGAGCGGACGCUCGGUACCGGACACCCGGUUCGGCUCGGUUCCGUUUCUCUCGUGGCCAUAACGGAGCAGCUCCGCUUCUCAUGCGCGCGCUGGGGCCGCGUUCGCCUUUUUGAUGGGAGGCUGCUCGCGCCGGAGGACCGGACACUGCGGGCUGCUGCGGGGCAAGCGGAGGUCCGGGGCCCCCGCCGGGCCGCCUGCCGGGCUCACAUGGAGUCUCUGGCCGGGUACGUGUACAAGGCGGCCAGCGAGGGCCGCGUCCUGACGCUGGCCGCGCUGCUGCUCAACCACUCCGAGGCCGAGACCCGGUACCUGCUCAGCUACGUGACCCAGCUGGCCGGACAGAGGUCCACGCCCCUGAUCAUCGCGGCCCGGAACGGACACGACAAGGUGGUCCGGCUGCUGCUGGACCACUACAGGGUGGACACCGAACAGACCGGCACGGUCCGGUUCGACGGCUACGUCAUCGACGGGGCCACGGCGCUGUGGUGUGCGGCAGGGGCGGGGCACAUGGAGGUGGUGCGCCUGCUGGUGAGUCACCACGCCAACGUGAACCACACCACCAUCACCAACUCCACCCCGCUGCGGGCCGCCUGCUUCGACGGGCGCCUGGACAUCGUCUGCUACCUGGUGGCGCACAACGCCGACAUCAGCAUCACCAACAAGUACAACAACACCUGCCUGAUGAUCGCCGCCUACAAAGGCCACACGGACGUGGUGAAGUUCCUGCUGGAGCAGGGGGCCGACCCCAACGCCAAAGCCCACUGCGGGGCCACCGCCCUGCACUUUGCGGCCGAGGCGGGCCACCUGGAGAUCGUGCAGGAGCUGGUGCGCUGUCAGGCCGCCAUGGUGGUGAACGGACACGGAAUGACGCCGCUGAAGGUUGCAGCAGAAAGCUGUAAGGCGGAUGUGGUGGAGCUGCUGCUGGCGCACGCCGACUGUGACCCGCACAGCCGCAUCGAGGCGCUGGAGCUGCUGGGAGCCUCGUUCGCCAACGACCGGGAGAACUACGACAUCCAGAGGACGUACCACUACCUGCACACGGCCAUGACGGAGCGCUACCGCGACCCGGACAACGUCAUCGCCAAGGAGCUGCUGCCGCCCAUCGAGGCCUACGGGGGGCGCUGUGAGUGCCGCACACCCCAAGACCUGGAGGCCAUCCGUGUGGACCGGGACGCUCUGCACAUGGAGGGCCUGAUGAUCCGGGAGCGGAUCCUCGGCUCGGACAACAUCGACGUGUCGCACCCGAUCAUCUACCGCGGCGCCGUGUGCGCCGACAACAUGGAGUUUGAACAGUGCAUCAAGCUGUGGCUGCACGCGCUCCGCCUGCGGCAGAAGGGCAACCGCAACACCCACAAGGACUUGCUGCGCUUCGCACAGGUGUUCUCGCAGAUGGUGCACCUGAAGGAGCAGGUGCUGGCCUCGGCCGUGGAGCAGGUGCUGAGCUGCAGCGUGGUGGAGAUCCAGCGGAGCAUGGCCCGCGUGGACACGGCGGCAGAGUCCGAGCUGCCUCAGGCUCUGGACAACUACGAGUCCAACGUGUUCACCUUCCUGUACCUCGCCUGCAUCUCCACGAAGACCACCUGCAGCGACGAGGAGCGCGCCCGCAUUAACAAGCACAUCUACAACCUGAUCCAGCUGGACCCGCGCUCCCGCGAGGGCGCCUCCCUGCUCCACCUCGCCAUCAGCUCCAGCACGCCGGUGGACGACUUCCACACCAACGACGUCUGCAGCUUCCCUAGCGCGCAGGUCACUAAGCUGCUGCUGGACUGCGGCGCGCAGGUCAACGCCGUGGACCACGACGGCAACACGCCGCUGCACGUCAUCGUGCAGUACAACCGGCCCAUCAGCGACUUCCUGACGCUGCACGCCAUCAUCAUCAACCUGGUGGAGGCCGGCGCCCACACAGACAUGACCAACAAGCAGAAGAAGACGCCGCUGGACAAGAGCACGACGGGCGUGUCGGAGAUCCUGCUGAAGACGCAGAUGAAGAUGAGCCUCAAGUGCCUGGCAGCGCGAGCCGUCCGGCAGCACCAGAUCACGUACCGCAACCAGAUCCCCAAAACGCUGGAGGAGUUCGUGGAGUUCCACUGAAGGACGGAGCCGGGGGACGGACUUUGUUCUUUUUAAAGAGUUUCUUAUAAUUUUCUAACAAACGGUGCUGAGGGACGACGGGAUGAGGGCUGAGGGUUUUUGAGCAUUUUUAUAAAAAAGUUGCUUUUUUUGUCUAUUUUAAGUAUUAACGCUACGAACCAGCAGCCACAGACGCCCGUCUGUCUCUCGGUCUCUCAGAGAGAGGACGACGGUGACGUCACCGCGCUGCUGCUGCUUCUUGUGUUUUGCCUUAUCUCCACGCCGGAGAGCGCACGCCAUGUCAGCGUGAGAGAGAGAGAGAAUGAACGAGUGAGUGUGGAGAAGCCGACAGACCUCGCAGCUCGUCACGCGCUGAUCGUUUUUUUAAAACUGGGUUUUUAGUUUUUACUGUAACAGAAGAGCGAGGUCACGUGAUCGGACAGUCAAGACUUUGAGUUCGUCAUCUUUGACUUUAUUUUAAAGGGUUUGAUCGUUAACGGUGAUUUCAUGAUUUGUUUUAAACCGAUGCAACGUGGCCUAAAGUCUGUGGACGCCCCCUCGCCUCCGCGUUCACGCCAACACGGACCGUUCGAUUCGACUCUUUGGAGGUCAGACGCGUGAAUCUGACGUGUCUCGGGCGUCCGCACACUUUUGGCCACAUCAUGUGUUUUUCUUUUGGAAAAUGAUGAGAGAUGCUUUUAUUUUGAAAUAUGAAGCAGAAGCACAGGAAGUCCCGGAGAUGCACACAAUGCAGAUCCAGUUUAAUGACCCCUCAUAAGUCCCGCCCCUUUUCCGCUCCGUGCUCCAAUCACAGUCGAGCCUCAGUCAGCUUCCUCUUCCUCUGUACUUAGCUACGCUACGUGCUAAAGCUAGCAUGCUAAUGAUGAGCUAACAUUAGCGCUGUAGCAAAUGUUACGGCUAGCUAAAUGCUACGUGCUAGCCAACUAACCUAUGUCAAUCUUUAGCCAUUAGCUACGCUAGCUAACUAGCGUGCUAACGAACAUAUAGAUUAGGUAGCUAGCGUUUUGCUAACAACAGCUAACUUAGCCAGACGAGCUAACUCGUAGCUAACGCGUAGCAUACGGGAGCACAGGAAGUUGCCCGAGGCUUGCUCAGAUCUGAUUGGCCCACACAGUUAUUAUGAUAUUUAUUGAUCUGUUAGCUCGUCACGCUACAUGCUACAUUUUAUUUAUUUGAUCGUGUCCGUAACGUCCGAUGACGGGCUGAUUCAUCGCCUCCCGUCGGACGUUACGGACCUCAUCGCGGCCUCGUCACGGAUCAGCUGACCGACACGACACACGCACCAAAACAGGAAGUUGGUGUUUAAAUCUGAGCCUCGUCAAACUGUAGCUUAGCUUAGCUUAGCUUAGCUUAGCAUAAAGGCUGGAAACGGGUGGGAACUGCUAGCCUCGCUCUGUCUAAACUAAUUCCACCAGCGAGCAGCUCUUCAGCUCUUCGAACUGUUCCUUUAAAUUCUCAGAUGUUCAGAUUUCUUUUAGAAAUCGGUCGGACGUUAGUUUAAUGUUAUUUCAGCGUUAGCUCAGUGCAGAGGAAAUGUUUCUGCUGAGCUCGAGAUCCAGUUUACAGACUCCUGCAGCGUCGCUCGGUCGCUCCUCGGAGGGGAACACGCGAGACAAACGUUGAGACAGAUUGACAUGAAGUUAGCGUGUAAAACAAACCCUGUGUCUGUGUUCACGUGUUCGCCGAGGCCUUCCAAUCAUGACGUCGUGACGUCGACUCGUUUCUGUUUUCUAAAAAUCACGACGAUGAUUUCAGGGUUUGAUUUUUCUGUGAAACUCGUUUUUCCGUUGACGUGUGAACGCAGCAUCACGUGAUCGGGGGUGGGGGGGGUCUUAAAGGUGUCAUGUGAUCAUAAUGUGCCAACUCAGUGAGUCAUGUUUUAUUUAUCAGUUUACGGGUGUCGGCGUCCUGACAGGAGCCUCUGGUUGGUUUGGGUUUCAGGACCGGGUAUCCGGCUCGCCAAAGAUUCUUCACGUGUCGGGAAACUUUUUUUAAAAAGAUGUCAGCUGUGAUGUACUUCCUGCAGGGCAUGCUGUCAAAUUAAAAGUCUUCUGUCUGCGUUCA